AUGGCUCGUGUCAAGCAGAAGCCCGAAUUGAAGCAGACGGCCCGGAAGUCGUUGGCCGGCUUCCCACCCGGUCUGGCACACAAGCGGCCAGCCAAAAAACACCUCCCGAGACCAAAUACAUCCGGUGUAAUGAAGAGACUGUCCUCUUCUAAACCUGCGACCAAGCCGGUUGGACGCGGAGUGCGAGUCCUGCAAGAUAUUCGCAAACUCCAGAAGACCACCGACUACCUGAUCCCAAAGGUUGCCAUGUUCCGUCUCGUCAAAUACCUGAUGCAACGUAUUUCGACGAGUUUCCGCCUACAAAGCGCGGCCCUUGAUGUUUUGAGGACAGCCGCUGAAGCCUAUUUGACCGGACUUUUCGAAGAUGGGAAUCUUUUGGCCAUCCACGCCAAAAGAGUCACCCUUUUCCCGAAGGAUCUCCAGUUGGUUCGCCGACUUCGCAAGGAAUACUUC